AUGCCGCUCAAAGGAAAGGCGCAAAAGGCCUCUAUCGACAUCAGCAACAUCGUCAAGCGAGACUUCUCUUAUCUUGCGCGCAACCCUGAUAGCGCCAACCGCCCGCUGUGGAUUGAUCCCGACAAAGGAUACAUCAUUUUAGAGCGUUUUCAUCCGUUGGCAGACCUAGCGACUGACUUUCUCGUUACCAUCGCAGAGCCUCAAUCCAGACCAGCUUUUCUCCACGAGUACAAGAUUACGCCGCAUAGUCUAUAUGCCGCUGUAUCUGUCGGUUUAAAUGGCGACGAUAUCAUUAGUACUCUUGACAAGUUUAUCAAGACGGAGCUUCCACAGACCAUCAAAGAAUUCAUCAGGUCUUGCACCAAGAGCUAUGGAAAAGUAAAGCUGGUUUUGAAGAACAACAAAUAUUUCGUCGAGAGUGGCGAUGCAAAUGUGCUUCAGACGUUGCUUAAAGACAAUGUUAUCGGUCCCCUUCGACUUAAUGGGUCUGAUGAGAUUACUACGUCGCGUGCGCCAGCGCUGAGUGGCUUGGUCAUUCCUGGAACAAAGAACGCGGCGGGGGUUCAGCAGGCCAACCUCGCCAAAGAAGCGGACAAGGAUUCUUCUGAAUCGGAUCAAAUUGAAGCUGUUUUGAAUGACGCAGACAAUGAUGAAGAGAAAGAAGCAGUCCAUGCCUUUGAGAUUCCCGACAGCGCCGUUGAGGUCGUUCAGAAGCGAUGCCUGGACUUAUCGUUCCCUAUCCUUGAAGAGUACGACUUCCGAUAUGACAACGUUAAUCCCGACUUGGACAUUGAUCUACGCCCUAAUACCCAGAUUAGACCAUACCAAGAGAAGAGUCUCAGCAAAAUGUUCGGCAACGGUCGCGCCAAAAGCGGCAUCAUCGUUCUCCCAUGCGGCGCAGGGAAAACCCUCGUCGGCAUCACAGCAGCAUGCACCAUCAGAAAGGGCGUCAUCGUCCUCUGCACAAGCUCAGUUUCCGCAGUCCAGUGGCGCAACGAGUUUCUCAAAUGGUCAAACAUCAACCCCGAAGACAUCACUACUUUUACAUCCGACAACAAGGAGAAAUUCUCUGGAAGCACUGGUGUGAUUGUUACGACGUAUUCAAUGGUUACGAAUAGUCGUGAGUGUGCUCACGACUCAAAGAAGAUGAUGGACUUUUUAGCAGGACGGGAAUGGGGAUUGAUGAUUCUUGAUGAGGUCCAUGUUGUUCCGGCAAAUAUGUUUCGACGUGUUAUCUCGUCGAUUAAAACGCACUCUAAACUUGGGCUUACAGCUACCUUGCUUCGCGAGGAUGACAAGAUCGGCCAUCUCAAUUUCCUGAUCGGGCCCAAGUUGUACGAGGCCAAUUGGAUGGAGCUCUCGCAACAGGGGCAUAUCGCAAAGGUGCAAUGUGCCGAGGUCUGGUGUUCUAUGCCAACUGCGUUCUACGAGCAAUAUCUACAAGUCCCGUCUCGGAUGAAGCGAACCCUAGCCGCUAUCAAUCCCUCCAAAUUUCAAGCUUGCCAAUUCCUAAUCAACUAUCACGAAGCGCGCGGCGAUAAGAUCAUAGUCUUCUCAGACGAGCUCUACUCCCUCAAACUCUACGUGUACAAGCUUAAGAGUCCCAACGUGAAUACCUUAUUUCUCUCCAAAAUCGGCGAUACAUCGCUUGAUCUGCCCGAGGCAACAUGUCUUAUCCAGAUCUCCUCCCAGUUCGGUUCGCGGCGUCAAGAAGCACAGCGACUGGGUCGUAUCUUACGAGCAAAACGCCGCAACGACGAAGGGUUCAAUGCGUUCUUUUACUCGCUCGUGUCUAAAGACACGUCCGAAAUGCACUUUGCUUCAAAGCGCCAGGCAUUCCUGAUCGAUCAAGGCUACGCGUUCAAAGUCAUCACCAAGCUAGAUGAUAUUGAAGACACGCCUGAUCUCGCGUUUGCUACUGCGGCUGAACAGCGGGAGUUACUUCAGGGCACGUUGGUUGACAACGAAACCCCCAUUGACGAUGAUUUUGAAGAGGGUGAUCUCUGGGGCAAGAAGAGCAAGGUUACACGCGUCGCAGGUUAUCUUGACCAACUUAGUGGUGUGCAGGAUAUGGCAUACAUUGAGCGGAAUCAAUCUGCUAACAAGGCGCUGAAGAGGAAGAGGGGUGAAAAGGAAAAGAGUCAAUUCUUUAAGAAGAUUGACAGAGCGAAUAAACGACAGAAGACCAAAUGA